AUUGUCUAGCCGAGUCUGGCAGGCGGUGUAUGGUUGGUUGGUUUGUGGUUGUGUUGGAAGUCUCGCUCGCUUGUCAAUAUCACACACAACGAAUGCAUUAAUGCUAAGAGAUGGGAAUCUUGCAGUCAUGCUUCCACGACGAACUGCUGUAGCGCUGCUCGCCCUGUGUGGAUUAAUAGCGGUCGGCGAUGCUCUUAAGUGUAAUUGCACUGCCUGUGAGAGCAGCGGUUAUGUCUGCGAGACUGAUGGGGCCUGCAUGGCCUCUACGUCCCACAUCAAAGGUCAGGAGGAGCAGCAAGUUCGGAUCUGCAUCCCCCGUGUCAAUCUGGUACCACCCGGACAGCCCAUCUACUGCUUGAGCGCCAAAGGCCUGUUUAACACGCACUGCUGUUAUACAGACUUCUGCAACAGCAUCAACCUCCAGAUUCCCAGCGGCAUUAUUGACGGUAAAGAGGACAGCUGGGGUCCUGUAGAGCUGGUGGCAGUGAUAGCAGGCCCGGUCUUUCUCUUUUGCCUGCUGCUUAUCGUAGGAGUGCUCGUUUUCCAGCAUCACCAGCGCAACUAUAACCAUCGACAGCGACUCGACGUUGAGGAUCCGUCCUGUGAUCAUCUGUACUUGGCCAAAGACAAGACCUUACAGGAUCUCAUCUUCGAUCUGUCCACCUCCGGUUCAGGAUCUGGUCUGCCUUUGUUUGUUCAGCGAACGGUGGCCAGGACAAUUGUUCUGCAGGAAAUUAUUGGUAAAGGUCGCUUUGGGGAAGUAUGGAGGGGGAGAUGGAGAGGAGGGGAUGUGGCUGUAAAGAUCUUCUCGUCCAGAGAGGAACGCUCCUGGUUCCGUGAGGCUGAGAUUUACCAGACCAUCAUGCUCCGUCACGAGAACAUCUUGGGCUUCAUUGCUGCUGAUAAUAAGGACAAUGGCACAUGGACACAGCUGUGGCUGGUGUCGGACUAUCACGAACAUGGGUCAUUAUUCGACUAUCUCAACCACUACUCCGUCACAAUCGAGGGGAUGAUUAAGUUGGCUCUCUCAGCGGCCAGCGGCCUGGCACAUCUGCACAUGGAGAUCCUGGGAACACAGGGGAAACCAGGCAUUGCACACCGUGACCUCAAAUCUAAAAACAUCCUGGUGAAAAAGAAUGGUACUUGUGCCAUAGCAGAUCUGGGGCUCGCUGUACGGCACGAGUCCAUCACUGAUACUAUAGACAUCGCACCUAAUCAGAGGGUCGGCACCAAAAGAUAUAUGGCCCCAGAGGUACUAGAUGAAACGAUCAACAUGAAGCAUUUUGAUUCUUUCAAGUGUGCUGAUAUUUACGCUUUGGGACUGGUAUACUGGGAGAUUGCGCGACGGUGUAAUGCUGGAGGCAUCCAUGAAGAUUACCAGCUUCCCUACUACGAUCUGGUGCCCUCCGACCCAUCUAUAGAAGAGAUGAGGAAGGUGGUGUGCGAUCAGAGACUACGGCCCAAUGUGCCCAACUGGUGGCAGAGCUACGAGGCGCUGAGAGUGAUGGGGAAGAUCAUGCGGGAGUGUUGGUAUGCCAACGGAGCGGCGAGGCUUACGGCUCUGCGGAUUAAGAAGACUCUCUCGCAACUCAGCGUCCAAGAAGACGUUAAGAUCUGAAAGACGCGGGGUGCUGCAGAUCCCUGUAGAGACGCACAAGCGAAUAAAGACUUACGCCAAAAGCAGCCUGCCAGUUUUAGCCCUUUUUUGAACCUUCUAAAAGUUGUGACGAGGCCUACCUCACCAUCUUAGACGAAACUACUGAGGUUGAGUCCAUCCCAGCCCUUUUCCCUUCUCCGACAUCAAAGUUCCCAAUUGUGGAUGAGCCUCCAACCGCUGAUUUCAGCACAACCUCCCUCCAUGGACCUACUGUUGUUUCUCUUUUUCUUUUUGGCAGGAAUGACAAUGGAACUGUGACAGGCAUUUUGAUUUGAUCGUUUUUAUUUCACCACUUUCGUCCAAAAUGGACUUUGCCGUGUGACUUUUUUUAAAAGAAUGUUUCGAUUUCAUUUUUGUGCGUCCUCACACACUAACACAACGUAUGUCAUAUUCCAGUGUGAAUCUGUGAUUAUAUAUAGUGCUCUACUGCUGUUGUGAGAAUGUGAAAAAAUGUGGAUAACACUGUCUCCUCCUGUUAUGACUAGCAAUUUAUGUACAGACCUAAGUGUAGCAAAGCGAACACACGUGACUGUGUGACAAAGUGGCAUUGCAUUUCUUUGUUCCUGUGGAAGAAAUGAAGAAGUGCAGAUUAUUUACUCCAGUAAAAAUCAGCCUGCUAAUUUAUCUUCCUUCAGGCUGCAUUAGUUUAAAAACUCGCUCCAUUAAUUUGGUUUCGGGUUCGAAUGCUUUUUAAAUGUUCACAGGGAGAGUGUGUGUGUGUGUGUGUGUGUGUGUGUGUGUGUGUGUGUGUGGUUUAUUUAAUUGUUUUUGGGUUCUUAAAAUCCGUUGUGAUUGCUGAAUGCAUUGUGGGAUGAUUGUUUAGUCCUGUUGUCUGAUGGAAUACUGAGAAAAUAACACUUUUUUUGGCAUAAGGAAAGUCACUACCACUUGUAUGCUUUGCUUUUUUUUUUUUUUUUUUUUUUUUUUUUUCAACUUAUCAAAUGAAUUUAUUUUAUUGGAACGUUUAGUAUGUUCUAUUCCCAUUAUUCUGGGAUGCUGGCAUGUUAAAAUGCACUGUUGUUAUUUGUUUGCAGUCCUUUUAGGGAUGUAGUAGACACACACAUGUAAAGUGCUGAAGUAAAAUAAUGCGUCUCUCUAUUUGCCUGCAUUACAACAUUUAUAUUGCUCUGCUUUGCCUUGCAUUGAAGAGGUGUCAUUCAGUUUAAUUUCAAAGUACUACUGAACAUUUUUAGGGUUUGCAACGACUAACCACCGAAUGCUGGGCACGGCGUCACUGCAUCAUAUGCCAACUUCACUACUCCCUCCAUCCUUUAUUAACUUCGCUUGCACCAUUGUCUUGAUAAAAGUUAAGAAAUCUGCAGAUAUUGUGAAUGACUAACUGGAAUCUGAUAUACAUAUAAACAGUAGAUGCAAAAUGAGACUAGAUUAGCAUUAGCUUUGGCAUUAAAGCCAAAUGCUAGUUGAAGGGCUGGAGGAGAACAAGGGUCCUGUGUUGUGUAUCAUUUAAUUGAUUGCAGGCUCUAUUACAGUCCAUUUGUGAUUGACCUGUGCAUUUUAUACUGUCAAGGUCAUAUCAUUUGAAUCUGCUCUGUGUAGCUGGAAUUCGUUUGAAUUCAGUCGAAGAAAGGCUAAAAUAACUGAGAAAUAUGACUGAAUAUUGUUAUAUCAUGGUGCUCUACAUCAUACACUGGGAAUUCUGUCCUUAGAAAUGUAUAGGCUAAUUGUUCCACUAUUUAUAUUGUGCUUGCUUUUUUCCCUUACAACUUGGAUUUUGCAGAUGUUUGUAAAACAUGUAACUUUUGCAGAAGAUUUAAGGAAUGAAACUCAUUUCAGAUGGUAGUUACUGCCACUUUAUGGAGGCAAUUUAGUCGAAAUUCCCUGAAAUGUUUGUCCAUUUUAGUCUUGAUGAUAAGAGUUCAGACUUGGUAGCUGAUGCUUUCAAUCCAAUGCAUAUGAGUUUUUGAUCCUGAGGUUCCAUGUGUAUUUUAAACAUAUUGAAAACAAAUCCACUUGUGGGUUAGUUAAUAUAAUGUACAUAAAUGGUAUACAGUAAUAAAUCCUUUUUCUUA